AUUGAAGGAGGAGGGGAGCGAAGAAAAAUGAGCUUUCUUAAACGAAUCAUGUGCAGAGGGACAGGCUGCCAGUGCUCAGGCAAUCCUCAGCAGUGGCUCUGCUCUCUUCCCUGCUGGCCAUGAUGCAGGAAGAAGCUGGAGUCCUGAAGGAGGGCUUCCUUGUCAAACGGGGGCAUGUUGUUCGUAACUGGAAAGUGAGAUGGUUUGUUCUGCUUCAGGAUAAGCUGCUGUAUUACAAAAUUGAAGGAGGCAAGAAGGAGCCUUCUCCAAAGGGCAGGAUCCUUUUGGAUGGCUGCACUAUUACCUGUCCAUGCCUGGAAUAUGAGAACAGACCGCUACUAAUCAAACUAAAGACAAAAACCAACACAGACUAUUUCCUUGAAUGUUGCUCCAGGGAGGAGCGUGACUCCUGGGCUUUGGACAUCACUGGAGCUAUUCAUGCUGGUCACCCAGUACAGGUACAAGAACUUCACAGAAUGAAGAACUCUUUCAAACUGCUAGAUAAUAUCAGCCUCCAUGACAUAGUGGAGAGAAUGUAUGACAGCAAUACUGGAAUUAAACUGACCCGCAACUUGGAUCAAGGCAACAGAUAUAAAGAGACCUUCACAGGUUCUGCCCUGGUGGACUGGCUCAUUUCCAAUAGCUUUGCUGUGUCACGAUUCGAGGCUGUCACCUUGGCAUCCAUGCUGAUGGAUGAGAACUUCAUCAGGCCUGUGGGAACCCGCAGCACUGAGGCCAUGCGCUUCAGCGACCCCUCCGAAAAAUUCCUUGACGACUCCACCGCACUGUACAUGUUUGCUGAGAACAGUAAGAAAAAUACCAGUUCCAAGGAAGAGGUACAAUUUAACAUCUCUGAAUUAAGUGGCACAAUUGUGAAGCAAGGAUUCUUAGUGAAACAGGGGCACAAGAGGAAAAACUGGAAGGUGAGGAAAUUUGUUUUGAGAGCUGAUCCUGCUUUUUUGCACUACUAUGACCCCACUAAGGAAGAAAACAAGCCAGUUGGUGGAUUCUCCCUCCGAGGUUGUCUUGUCUCAGCUCUAGAGGACAAUGGAGUCCCAGCAGGAGUGAAGGGCAAUGUGCAAGGCAAUCUCUUCAAAAUCAUCACCAAAAAUGACAUUCAUUAUUAUAUCCAGGCCAGCUCCAAGGCUGAGCGAGUGCAGUGGAUUGAAGCAAUCAAACCACUGACAUGAGUAACAUGGACUCCAUGCCAAAUGACGUCACAUUUGUGAACAAGUUUUCUUCUCUCAUUUUCUGGGAGUAUUGUUAUCCCCUUGAUAGUCUAUUUCUGUUAUUUGAAUUACCAUAACACUUAGCAAUUCCUGGUAGACCAGCAUCCUAGGUGUCUUAAAGUCAUAUAGAUCCAGAAUAAUUCUCCACCAAGAAUUUACCAUCUAACAAAGAGACAAAAGACAAUAGGUGGAUACAGACAAAUGGGGCUUUACAAUGAAAUGAUGAGAUACAAUAUUCCAAGACAGAAGAAAAGAAUCUCUUGUACAAGUAUUCAGUUUAUACCUGACAGAUCCACAUUGUGCUUUAUCUUAAAGCAGAAAUAUCUUGCUUAUUUCCCCUUUAUAAAGGGGCUCAUAAAUUAAUUAGUUAAGACUGAAACAUCAAAGUCAUGAAAGGUGCUGAUGUCUGAGGCUGCCUUUCUUGGUAUACCACACGAAUCUUGUGCUAAGCCACAAUCCAGCUGCCAGGAUAAUCAGUACUGCAAAACAAACAAGGGAUCUGUCUGUCCAUCCAUCUGCUUUACUGUUUGGCUCUCUCUUAGACUUGAAAAAACACAAAGCAUCUUCCUCUCCACUACAUAGAUUGCUCUUGUGCUGGUACAAGAUCCUGAGUAUCAAAUCAGACCAGUGGCAGUUCCAGACAAUUGCUGGUGCUGAAUAUAUUGGAAGAAAUCACUCAGCUAUAAAAGCGAGACUUUUCCUUCUAUUAUCAUCAUAAGUUCAUUUAUGUUGGAGAACCAUUUGGACUGAGAAUUACAGUAGCAGAUAUGGCUAUUGCUUUUUCUAUCUUAGGUCAUUAGUUCUUCCAUUAUUUUCUACUAAACUUGUCUUUGAUAUCAUUAAAUAUUAAAAAAACCCCAAACCCCAAAACCAGUGCAUUUGAAUAUCCUGUGCUCUUUAGAGAUAUGAUUUUUCUCAGAGGGCAGUUUGAGUAUAUGAAAAAUAAUGGUUUCAUUCACUGUAAUUUUAGAUUUAUACAUAAACUGAGACACCAGAGGGUAAAAUUGAAUGUAGGAAAUUAUUAAAACACCUGAUAUACUAUUUUCAUAAAAUUCCUAGUUUUAUCUUAGUACCUGUAUCUGACAGCCAAACUCUUCAGAGUCUUCAAAAGCCCUCUGAAGGCAACAUGCUAUAUCUUCCCUGAAGUCACAGAGGAAUUUGAUAGCUCUCUGUCCAGAGUUCCAUCUCUUUGCAGAUUUUUUGUUCUCCAAGUUGUGUACUAAAAAAAAGUCUCAUCACCAAAGGCAGCAUAUGAUAUAUGUUUAUAUAUUUAUUAGAAUAGCCACGUAUGUAGGACUUUCUUCAAAAGCUACAGCAAUGAAA